UUGUCAUCUAGACAAUUCAAGGUAGCGCACUUAACUAAAGUGAGUCAUUUUUACGGUACAAAUAUGACAUUUGAUGCAGACCAAAUUAUUAAGUUCCAUUGUCCUCUUGUUCCAUUCUCAAACGCUUUCUCUUGAAACUCCCAAAAAAAGGGAAAAAAAAAAAAAAAAUCUAUGAAACCCAGCGAAGUUUGAACCAUGGUUUUGGCAGAAUCAGAGAUCGCUACUACACCUCACGUAGCGGUGGUCUCAAGCCCAGGGAUGGGACACAUCAUUCCUCUGUUCGAGUUCGCAAGAUGCCUCGUCACUCUUCAUGGUCUCCAUGUAAGCUUCCUCAACAUCACCACCGAAGCUUCCACCGCUCAGAUGCAGCUCCUCCAUUCUCCGAACCUUCCGUCCGGCCUUGAUGUGGUCGAUCUCCCUCUCGUCGACUUAUCCACACUCGUAAGCAAAGAUGCACUGGUCUUGACCCGUCUAUCUAUUAACGUAGAACAAAGUUUCGGUUGCCUGAAGUCUGUCCUCCUCAACUUGGGUAAGCUUAAUGCUCUUGUCAUUGAUCUGUUUUGCACCCAGGCUUUCGACGUUUGCAAAGAGCUUUCAAUUCCAGUCUACUCCUUCUGCACGACGUCUGCUGCUUUUCUUGCUUUCUCGCUUUAUAUCCCUACCAUGGACCGCGAGAUAGAGGGAGAGUAUGUGGAUCUUCCAGAACCGGUUCGGUUACCGGGUUGCUCUCGCGUACGGAUCGAAGACCUUCUCGACCAAGUUCGGGAUCGGAAAAAUGACGAGUACAAAUGGUACAAGUACCACGUCAGCAGGUUGCCCAAGGCAGCUGGGAUUUUAGUCAACACGUGGGAGGAUCUAGAACCUAUUGCGCUUGGAGCCAUCAGGGAAAACCCCGUCUAUACAGAAAUACCGACGCCCCAGAUUUACCCGGUUGGACCGUUGAUUAAAGAUAUCGAGCCGUUGACGGCAUCGGACGUUGACUGUUUAGCGUGGCUGGAUAAGCAACCGACAGACUCGGUCAUAUUCAUCGCGCUCGGUAGCGGCGGGACGUUGUCAACUCAGCAACUCACCGAGUUUGCGUGGGGUUUAGAACUGAGUGGACAGCGGUUCAUUUGGGUCGUCCGAUUGCCAUCUGAUAUAGCUUGUGACAUGGCUUCGUUCUUUUGCGCGGGUGAUGGCGAAGCAAUUAAUGACGGGAGGGAAAUGGAAUAUUUGCCAGAGGGAUUCUUGGAAAGGACCAAAGAGGUGGGUCUCGUUGUAUCGUCUUGGGCCCCACAGGUGGCGGUGCUAAGCCACCCAUCGACCGGCGCGUUUGUAUCGCACUGCGGAUGGAACUCAUCGCUGGAAAGCGUCAGGUGCGGAGUCCCGAUGAUCGGUUGGCCGCUUUACGCGGAGCAGCGAAUGAACGCCACGAUGCUGAUGGAGGAUGUGGGAGUGCUUACGAAGCCGGUGGUGGAACCGGGACAGAAAACGAUCGGACGGCUAGAGAUUGAGAGGUUGAUGAGGACGGCCAUCGAAGGAGAGGAAGGAAAAGCGUGUAGACGGAAGGCUAAAGAAUUAAAAGAAAGCGCAGGGAAAACCUUGAGUAUCGGUGGUGCUUCUUACGAAUCACUAUCUCAUCUGGCCAAACAAUGGAAAGCUUAUUAGCAGUACUAUUUGAUAAUAUAAUAAAGGGAAUGUGCACGUACCGUUUGGUUGGUACUAUUUGAUAAUAUUUAUGUUGUGUUUGUCGGCAUGUAUACGAGAAGUGGUUGUUGUGUUUUACGAA